CAGUGCAUCCAGAAAGUAUUUGCAGUGCUUAACAUUUGCCACAGUUUGUUAUGUUACAGCCAGGGGCGAACUGACCAUUUGGAAACUCGAGCACUGCCCGAGGGCCCGGGGUCAGUAGGGGGCCCCAUGAGAUGCCCCUGGUACCUUUUUCAUAGGCUUUUUUGAGUUUUGCCCAGAGGACCCCAUGAUCUCCUAUUGCUCGGGGGCUCCAUGAGUUGUCAGUCUGCCCCUGUCUAUAACUAUGUUGAAUCUUUAGAUUCAAUGCAGGUGCUUUAAGUGCACCUCAGCUCAC